UCAUUGCCCUUGAGAUAAAAAUGAGGGUUCGGUCGACAUAACAGCAUAGUUGUUGUUCGACUUCUGAGCUAAACAUAAUUUAGUGAAAAAAUAUAUUUCUUUCAAAAUUAAAACAUUACUCAAUACGUUCAAUUUAGCGGCUAAAUAUUUGUAUUGGCAAAAGUGUGCUAGUUGGUAAAGUCCUUAUUCGAAAUCAAUGAUCAAAGACGAUCCGUUUUUUCGUUAACCGAAGAAAGUAAUUUUUUUUUUGAAAAUUUGUGGUAUUGAAUAAAUUCUUAAUUUGUUAAAUUCAACAAGUUAUAUUGCUGCGGUAAAUACAGAAAAUUUGGAGUUUGAUAAACGGACUUUUCGCUCGUUUUUAGUUGUUGACAUCAAUUUUUUCGUCUCAAAUUCGAACAAUGUCAGAUGUUAAAAAGUCAGCUGUUAUCAACAUGAUAGCAAAUCUUUUAAAUCGAAUGCCAAAAAUUCAUCGUGCUGUUCAUAGUGGUAAUGUCCGAAAAGUCGAAAAAUUAUUGAGAAGUGGGACAGACAUUAAUCUUCAAGACGAUGCUGGAUUUACUCCUUUAAUUAUUGCAUCUACAUAUGGUCAAGUGCGUGUUGUUGAAGUACUGCUUGCAAAGGGUGCCGACGUGAAUAUAAGUUCGCAUGGAUACGCACCAAUACAUAUCGCCGCUGAGCAUGAAAAACCUUAUAUAAUUGAGUUAUUGAUAAAGAACGGUGCCGAUAUUAAUUCAAAAAAUAAAGAAGGAGAGAGCGCAAUUUAUUUGGCAUCUUACUAUGAUCAUAUGCGUGUUACUGAGGUGCUGAUCGCAAAUGGUGCCGAUGUAAAUAUAACAGGAGAUUCCACAUGGGCGCCAAUACAUAGACCCGCUCUAAAAGGUCGCGAGGAAAUGGUUGAAUUGUUGCUUAAACAUGGAGCAGAUGUAAACAUUCAAAACAACGAAGGAACAAAUGCUAUACUUUUGGCCUCAUUUAGUGGUCGAAAAAGUAUGGUUGAGUUAUUAUUGAAGAAUGGCGCCAAUAUGAAUGUUCGUGAUAAGGAUGAAUGUACACCAUUACAUGUCGCAAUUCUUAGGGGCCACGUGGAUACUGUUGAAAUACUGCUUAAAAAUGGUGCCGAUGUCAAUACUCGAGAUUCAGAGGGACUUUCUCCAAUACAAUCUGCAGUUAGUGAAGGUCACGGGCGAAUUGUUGAAUUGUUGGUUAAAUAUGGAGCCGAUGUAAACAGUCAAAGUAACACGGGAGCAUCUGCCUUACUUUUGGCUUCACAUUUCGGUCGAAAUAGAGUAGUGGAGUUAUUGAUAAAGAAUAGUGCCAAUGUGAAUAUCACCAAUAUGAAAGGAUAUACACCAGUACAUCUCGCAACUCUAAAAGACUAUGUGGAUACUGUUGAAAUAUUGCUAAAAAAUGGUGCCGAUGUUAAUACCCGAAAUGCAGAAGGAUUUAGUCCACUACAUGAUGCUGUUCGUAAAGGUUUUAAAAAGAUUGUGAAUAUUUUAUUGAAGAAUGGCGCUGAUACCAACUUAAAAACUAAAGACAAUGAAACCUCAAUGGAUAUUGCUAUUAAAACAAGAAAUGACAAAAUCGUUGAACUCUUAAAUACCGUUCAAACUCGACCAUCAGAAAUGUCGAGUGAAUAGAUUGCUGCCCCGCAAAAAUUCCGUACAAAUACGAUUCAUAUGGAAUAGGAGCGUCCUCGAACUACUGAAAGUGUAAUAAGCGACAAUAAUUCCAUCGGUAAUUGUGCUGUUAUUCUAUGAAUAUUUCUCAUUUGAAGUCUUGUUUGAAGUUUCUCCCUUGUAAAAAUCUCCUGAGAGUAGUCAAUGUUGUUAGACGAAAUUCCAAUAAUCGCAAUGAAACUCAAUCGAUCUUUUAUAUUGAUACAUUUUUAUUGGAAUGUCAAGAUUUUGUCCAAAAUAUAUUUUUGUUUAAAAU